GCGAGAGACGCCGGGGCAGGCGGACGCUGGAGGCCUGGGCAGGAGGAGUCCGGCCCGGCACGGCGAGGCUCCUUAGCGGCAAGGGCGGGCGGCCUACGGGCCGCGACCUCCACUCCUGCGCAGCGCUGGGUCCCUAGCUCCAGCUCUGCCUUUCCUCAGUAUCCCCUGGGAAGGACCUCACAAGAAGGAAUGAGAAGGCAAUGGCUGCUGGGCCUCCACCAUUGGGAGUUCAGGGCAUCAGCUUUCCAAACCAAAUGUGAUUUCUCAGCUGGAGCAAGAACUGAGAAUUGAUGACAAAAGAGCAUCCAGGGUGCAUCUCCCCAGAUUCUCUUUGGUGUUACUGUCAGAGUAAGCUACUUACUAUCUCAUCCAAAAACCAAGAGGAGAAAGCAGCAACCAAGUGCUGUGCUCAGCUCUUCCCCAGGCAUCGUCUGAUUUGCUCAUCAGAACAAUCCUUCAGGACUGGGAGACAAGACUUGAAACCAAAGAAUCAACUACAAAGCCCAACAUUACUGAAGAUUUAUCUUAUGUGGUAAUAAUGGAAAGGGAAGGUCUCUGGCAUUCUUCUUUAGGGGAAACCUGGGAACCUGAUAGUUGGUUAGAGGGGCAACAGGAAAACCAAGAUAGAUAUCUGGGCCAAGAGCAAGUUACCCAUAAGGAAACUCUCAAUGAAAAAGGGACUUAUGGAGGUAAUGAAUUUGAAAGAUGUUCCAAUCAGGGUUCAUUCAUUGAUACACAAGAAACUAUGGAGGAAAGUUCUAACGAUUGGGAUUCAGAUGAAGUAGACACUAAAGAAAACCCUGAAUUAAUUGAAGCUCGAAAAAUGUUUACAAUAAAGAAAAUCUAUUUAUGUAAUGAGUGUGGGAAAACCUUCACCCGGAAUUCAUCCCUUCUUAAGCACCAGAGGAUUCACACAGGAGAGAAACACUAUAAGUGUAAUGCGUGUGGGGAGUACUUCCUUGAACUCUCCUCCCUUACUGUACAUCAAAGAAUUCAUACUGGAGAGAAACCCUACAAAUGUAACGAUUGUGGGAAAACCUUCACUCAGAGCAUGAACCUUACUGUUCAUCAAAGAAUUCAUACUGGAGAGAGACCAUUUCAGUGUAAAGAGUGUGGAAAGGCUUUCCACAAAAAUUCAGCCCUUAGUCAACAUGAAAGGAUUCAUACUGGAGAGAAACCCUACAAAUGUAAUGAUUGUGGUAGGGCUUUUACCCAAAGUAUGAAUCUCAUAGUGCAUCAAAGAACUCACACAGGAGAAAAACCUUAUGAAUGUAAUGAAUGUGGAAAAGCAUUCAGUCAAAGUAUGCACCUUGUUGUACAUCAGAGAACUCAUACUGGAGAAAAGCCCUAUGAGUGUAGUGAAUGUGGGAAAGCGUUUAGUAAGAGCUCAGCUCUUACCCUGCAUAAGCGACAUCAUACAGGAGAAAAGCCCUACAACUGUAACAAAUGUGGGAAAUCCUUUAGCCAAAGUACGUACCUUAUAGUGCAUCAGAGACUUCAUUCUGGAAUAAAACCUUAUGAAUGUAAUGAGUGUGGGAAAACUUUCAGUAAGAAUUCAUCUCUUACCCAGCAUCGGAGAAUUCAUACUGGAGAGAAACCUUAUGAAUGUGUGAUAUGUGGAAAACACUUCACUGCGCGGUCAUCUCUUAAUGUCCAUCUGGUUAUUCAUACUGGAGAGAAGCCUUAUCAAUGUGGUGUAUGUGGAAAGGCCUUCAGCCAGAGCGGAUACCUUAUUGAGCAUCAAAGAAUUCAUACUGGUGAGAAGCCCUAUGAAUGCGAUCAGUGUGGAAGAGCCUUCAUUAAGAAUUCAUCCCUUACAGUGCAUCAGAGAAUUCAUACAGGAGAGAAACCCUAUCUGUGUAAUGAAUGUGGAAGAGCCUUCAGUCGGAGUACAAAUCUUACACGACAUCAGAAAACUCAUAUGUGAGGGACGCUUUUGUGAUAAACUCUAAAAUAAUCAGAUAAGUCAUGUAAUGUAGAAAGCUAAUAGAUGUAACAAUUGUAGGAAUCUUUUAGUUGAAGUAUGAUAUACCAUAUUAGAGAAUAUAGACUGCAGAGAAACCACAUGAAAGUGGAGAAAUCUUGAUUCAAGAAGUAAAAUUCUUACGUUAUACUAGAAGGUUUAAGUAGCUAAUGGUCUAAGCAAUGAGGAUUCGUGCUGAAGAUUUAAGUUCUGUUGUAUAAUACUACAGAUUCUCCUUUGGACAUCAGAGACUUCACGUUGGAGAGAAUGUGAGUGCUUAACUGGACAGUCCAAAGAACUGAUAAGUAGUCCUGAUCUGCCACUAUCUUGGACAGGUCACCUCUUUCACCAGUUUCCAGUGACCUUAUUUGGUAAAUGAGGGAGUUUUGAUUUAGAAGGUUCCAAGAUCCCUAUUAAUCCUAAAAUGCUACAAACCUAUAAAUAAAAUGAAUGCUAGGAAAUCCUU